CUCCGUAGCGAUGGUAGAGGCAUCCGAGGGGGAGGAAUGCAGAUCGGGAGACAGGGUGACUUCACCGCCGCGGCAGGAGAGCGCCGCUCCCCGCUAGCCGACGGAGAGGACCCCGCGCCGCCAAUAUUGGGAGCAACCACUUCCACCCGGGCCCCACCAUGUCCACCAAAGCGGAGCAGUUUGCUUCCAAGAUCCGCUACUUGCAAGAAUACCAUAACCGUGUUCUUCACAACAUUUAUCCCGUCCCCUCUGGAACUGACAUUGCAAACACUCUGAAAUACUUUUCUCAGACAUUGCUAAGCAUUUUGUCCCGCACAGGGAAGAAGGAGAACCAAGAUGCCUCCAAUUUGACAGUGCCCAUGACCAUGUGUCUUUUUCCUGUGCCAUUCCCACUCACCCCAUCUCUAAGACCACAGGUCAGUUCCAUCAACCCUACUGUUACUCGCUCCCUCCUUUACAGCGUCCUGCGAGAUGCUCCCACUGAACGCGGCCAGCAAAGUCGUGAUGCUCAGUUAUCAGACUACCCUUCAUUGGACUAUCAAGGACUUUACGUGACAUUGGUGACUCUGCUGGAUCUAGUUCCUUUGCUACAACAUGGUCAACAUGAUCUCGGACAGUCCAUUUUUUACACGACCACGUGCUUGCUCCCGUUUCUCAACGACGACAUCUUGAGCACUUUACCGUAUACCAUGAUCUCCACAUUAGCCACGUUCCCACCCUUUCUGCACAAAGACAUCGUCGAGUAUCUCAGCACCUCGUUCUUGCCUAUGGCUAUAUUGGGCUCCUCCAGAAGAGAAGGAGUACCUGCUCAUGUUAAUCUUUCUGCAUCUUCAAUGCUAAUGAUCGCAAUGCAGUAUACAUCCAACCCUGUGUACCAUUGUCAGUUACUGGAAUGCCUUAUGAAGUACAAACAAGAAGUAUGGAAAGACUUGCUCUACGUAAUAGCGUAUGGUCCUUCUCAAGUUAAACCACCGGCCGUACAAAUGCUUUUCCACUACUGGCCCAACUUAAAACCACCCGGGGCAAUAAGCGAAUACCGAGGACUGCAGUAUACAGCAUGGAAUCCCAUACACUGUCAGCACAUUGAAUGCCAUAAUGCCAUUAACAAGCCAGCAGUGAAGAUGUGCAUAGAUGCUUCCUUGUCUGUGGCUUUGGGUGAUAAACCACCCCCUCUCUACCUUUGUGAAGAAUGCAGCCAGAGGAUUGCAGGGGAUCACAGUGAAUGGUUGAUUGAUGUUCUUUUACCACAAGCCGAAAUUUCUGCUAUAUGUCAAAAGAAGAACUGUAGCUCGCAUGUUAGGAGGGCUGUUGUCACAUGUUUCUCUGCCGGCUGCUGUGGUCGCCAUGGGAACAGGCCGGUGCGCUACUGCAAACGAUGCCACUCCAACCACCACAGCAGUGAAGUUGGGGCAACGGCCGAGACACAUCUCUACCAGACAUCACCGCCUCCUAUCAACACUCGGGAGUGUGGGGCUGAGGAGCUAGUUUGUACUGUGGAAGCUGUUAUCAGCUUGCUGAAGGAGGCUGAACUCCAUGCAGAGCAACGGGAGUAUGAGCUCAAUCGCAGGAGACAGCUGGGCUUAUCCUCUUCACAUCAUUCUUUGGACAACACAGACUUUGAUAACAAAGAUGAUGACAAGAAUGACCAGCGCCUUCUGAGCCAGUUUGGAAUUUGGUUUUUGGUAAGCCUUUGCACCCCAAGUGAGAACACCCCCACAGAGAGCUUGGCUCGGCUUGUGAGCAUGGUCUUCCAGUGGUUCCAUUCCACGGCCUACAUGAUGGAUGACGAAGUUGGCAGCCUGGUGGAGAAACUCAAGCCCCAGUUUGUCACCAAAUGGCUGAAGACGGUGUGCGAUGUCCGGUUUGAUGUCAUGGUGAUGUGCCUCCUUCCUAAACCGAUGGAGUUUGCACGGGUGGGUGGAUACUGGGACAAGUCCUGCAGCACGGUGACGCAGUUGAAGGAAGGUCUGAACCGGAUCCUGUGCUUAAUUCCGUACAAUGUAAUCAACCAACCUGUGUGGGAUUGCAUUAUGCCGGAAUGGCUGGAAGCCAUCAGGACUGAGGUGCCAGACAAUCAGCUGAAGGAGUUCAGGGAAGUAUUAAGCAAAAUGUUUGAUAUUGAGCUGUGCCCGCUCCCUUUUUCCAUGGAGGAGAUGUUUGGCUUCAUAAGCUGUCGGUUUACGGGAUAUCCUUCUUCUGUACAAGAGCAAGCUUUACUCUGGCUUCAUGUGUUAUCUGAAUUAGACAUUGUGGUCCCUCUUCAGCUACUGAUCAGUAUGUUUUCUGAUGGGGUUAAUUCUGUAAAAGAGCUGGCAAAUCAGAGGAAAUCAAGAGUAACAGAACUAACUGGGAACCUUGCAGCUCGAAGGGUGAGCAUUGCCUCUGAUCCAGGGCACAGAGUUCAGCACAAUACACUGAGCCCGUUCCCAAGCCCAUUUCAGAGUCCAUUUCGCAGCCCCAUGCGAAGCCCCUUCCGUAGUCCUUUCAAGAACUUUGGGCACCCAGGAGGAGGAGGCGGAGGAGGAGGAGGAGGGAGGGCUAUUGACCUUUGACUGCGACGAUGAAGAAUGAAUCUGAAUUGUUUCAUCCUGAUGUUCGACCUCAUCUUAAAGCAGAUGGAAUUGCAAGAUGACGGCAUUACCCUGGGUUUAGAGAACAGCAUAUCCAAAGACAUAAUUGCUAUCAUCAACAAUGUGUUCCAAGCCCCCUGGGGUGGCUCUCAUACCUGUCAAAAAGAUGAGAAGGCCAUUGAAUGCAACCUGUGUCAGUCCAGUAUCUUGUGCUACCAGCUGGCUUGUGAACUGCUGGAGAGACUAGCCCCUAAAGAAGAAAUUCGGCUAGUGGAACCUACAGAUAAUCUGGAGGACAGUCUUCUAGAUUCUAGACCUGAGUUCAUUAUAGGAAUUGAAGGGGAGGAGAGAACAACAGCAUCAAAGCAUGGAGGAAAACCAGGAAAUCACACAGAGACAACGGAAAACACAGCCAUCAAAAAUGACACUGAGAGGAAAUUCUGUUACCAGCAGCUUCCAGUGACACUGAAAUUAAUCUAUACAAUAUUGCAGGAAAUGGCACGGUUUAAGAGCCAGAUCAUUCUAUUUAACAUGCUCAACUGCUUGAAGAUUCUCUGCCUUCACGGAGAGUGUUUAUACAUUGCAAGGAAGGACUACCCACAGUCCCUAGCCUACGUUCAGGAUCAUAUGCUGAUUGCCAGCUUAUGGAGAGUUGUCAAAUCAGAAUUCUCCCAGCUUUCUUCGCUGGCAGUGCCCCUCCUUCUUCAUGCUCUGUCUCUCCCACAUGGAGCUGAUAUUUUCUGGACCAUCAUCAAUAGCAACUUCAACAGCAAAGACUGGAAGAUAAGGUUCGAAGCAGUGGAGAAAGUAGCUGUGAGUCGGUUCCUGGAUAUUCACUCGUGACCAAAAACCACUUGCCUGAAGUAUUCCUUAGCACAUGCCUUUUGCUGCUUCCUAACAGCUGUUGAGGAUGUCAACCCAGCUGUGGCUACCAGAGCAGGCCUGUUGCUAGAUACCAUAAAGAGGCCAGCUCUGCAGGGCCUUUGCCUUUGCCUUGAUUUCCAGUUUGAUACUGUCGUCAAGGACAGGCCCACCAUCCUUAGCAAGCUUUUGUGCUUCCUUUCCCUUAAGCAAGACAUUCCGGCAUUGAGCUGGGAAUUCUUCUGUAAUAGGUUUGAAACCCUCUCUCUCGAGGCACAGCUUCACCUGGAUUGCAACAAGGAACUUCCCAUUCCCCAACGAGUAAGUGCUGUACGGACGAAUGUUGCCAACUUAAGCGAUACAGUGUGGAAAAUCAAGAGAAGCUCGGUUUGCCCGAACGACAGGAAGAGCGUGCGCUCUUUGAGAGACAGUGUGAAGGGCCCGGUGGAAUCCAAGAGGGCACUUUCUCCAGAAACCCUUACAAGCAAAAUCCGGCAGCCUUCUCCAGAGAACGACGCCACCAUAAAGGACCUCCUCCCAGAGGAUGCUGGCAUUGACCAUCAGACUGUCCACCAGCUCAUCACAGUGUUGAUGAAGUUCAUGGCCAAAGACGAGAGCAGUGCAGAGUCGGACAUCAGCAGCGCUAAAGCCUUCAACACGGUCAAGCGCCACCUGUAUGUCUUAAUGGGCUAUGAUCAGCAGGAAGGAUGCUUCAUGAUCGCUCCUCAAAAAAUGCGCAUUUCAACAUGCUUCAAUGCUUUUAUUGCGGGGAUCGCUCAAGUGAUGGACUAUAAUAUUAACCUGGGGAAACACCUCCUCCCUUUAGUGGCUCAGGUGUUGAAGUACUGCUCAUGCCCUCAGCUCAGGCAUUACUUCCAGCAGCCGCCCCGCUGCUCCCUCUGGUCCCUGAAGCCCCACAUUCGGCAGAUGUGGCUGAAGGCGCUGCUUGUCAUCCUGUAUAAGUAUCCUUACAGAGAUUGUGACAUCAGCAAAAUCAUGUUGCAUCUCAUUCAUAUAACCGUUAACACUCUAAAUGCACAGUACCACAGCUGCAAGCCUCACGCCUCAGCAGGCCCUAUGUACAGCGACAACAGCAACAUAAGCCGCUACAGUGAGAAGGAAAAAGCGGAGGAAGACAGCGUCUUUGAUGAGUCUGACAUUCAUGAUACACCCACUGGAAACGGCAAUAAAGAGUCUCAAACUUUCUUUGCGAGGCUGAAAAGAAUUGGGGGCAGCAAAAUGGUGAAAUACCAGCCAGUUGAGAUGAAUGCUCAGAGAAGUGAAAUAGAACUUGCUGAAUAUAGAGAAACAGGAGUAUUGCAAGACAACAUUCUGCGUUGUGUGAGAGAAGAAAGCAUUCAGAAGAAGAAACUGCGCUCACUGAAACAAAAAUCGCUUGACAUAGGAAAUGCAGACUCCCUCUUGUUUACAUUGGAUGAACACCGCCGGAAGUCGUGCAUAGACCACUGUGACUUAGAGAAGCCUCCUGCCACUUCCGCAGCACUGAGGCAGAACGAGUACGGGCGGCCGCGGCAAAAUUCCUCCACCAAGACGGAAGAUGGAGAUGGAGGGGAGAAGGAGAACCCGCCUGCUGUCCCAGAAAGAACCCUAGCAAGGCGGAGGCCUAUCAUACCAGAAGUCAGGUUAAACUGCAUGGAGCCAUACGAAGUGAAAGUGGAGUCCCCAGCCAAAUGCUCUCCUCCAAAGGAGGACUUGGACCUUAUAGACCUCUCCUCUGAUUCAACUUCAGGACCUGAAAAGCAGUCUGUGGUCUCCAAUUCAGACAGCGACUCAUUGGUCUUUGAACCGCUCCCUCCUCUCAGGAUAGUGGAAAGCGACGAGGAAGAUGCUGACCUCAAGCCAGCGAAUGACAGCAUCUCCGGCAAGAUGGCUCCCUCAUCUCCAUCAAGUCCCACCAGCCUCUCUGUGAUCAGCCUCAGCACAACGCCUCUUGUGCAGUUCAGCAUUGAAGAUUGCUCCAAAGAUGUGCUCCCUUCUGCAUCAAGCCAUAUCGUGUCAUUCGCAGGAGGGAGCCUCCGUUCUGUGGAAGGUCAGAAAGAUGUUGAUCAGCUAGCUAAGCCAGAAGAAGUCCACGAGGCACCCCCCGGCAGCCCCCUCACCUUGAAGCAGAAACGAGAUAUGCUGCAGAAGUCCUUUGCUCUUCCAGAGAUGUCCAUCGAUAUAACUUUGAUUUAUGCAUAGAUGAGAUUAAGACGAUUGGGCCCUUUCCCAGUUCAAGUGGCAAAAGUCUUCAUCAAGGCCCCCGAGGACUCUGAGGUCCAAACGGAAAGUGACAAGCCAGACACCGGUGCAGAAUCUGAUACGGAGCAAAGCACAGAACAAAAGCAGGAGGAGGAAGCCGAAGAGUCGGAAUUUAAGAUCCAGAUUGUUCCAAGGCAGAGGAAGCAGAGGAAGAUUGCAGUGAGCGCCAUCCAGAGAGAGUUUGACAUUUCCUUCAACAUCUUAGACAAGCUGGGGGAGCAGAAAGAGUCAGAUGCUUCAGCUAAAGUCCUUUCAACCCUAGAAAUGCCAAGGGAGUCAUCCUCUGCACCGACACUUGAAGCAGGUGUACCAGAGAUCAGCAGCCAUUCUUCCGUGUCAACUCAGUUCCGACAAAUGAAGAGGGGUUCUCUGGGAGCUCUCACUAUGAACCAGCUAAUGAAGAGGCAGCUGGAACACCAGUCUAGUGCCCCCCAUAAUAUCAGCACAGGGACAUUGGUAAUUCUCUGUUUAUCCACAGAACAGAUACAGCAUGGGAAGAGGCCGUGCAAUGUCUCAGUUUGCCUAAACCCUGACCUGGAGGGACCACCACUAAGAAUAAGAGGUGCCACAAAAUCUAGCUUGCUGUCAGCACCCAGUAUAGUCAGUAUGUUUGUACCAGCGCCCGAAGAUUUUAUUGAUGACCAGCCGACCAUGAUGACUGACAAGUGCCAUGAUUGUGGAGCCAUCUUGGAAGAGUAUGAUGAAGAAACAUUAGGUCUGGCCAUUGUGGUUCUCUCCACGUUUAUUCACCUCAGCCCAGAUCUGGCUGCUCCUUUGUUGCUGGAUAUCAUGCAGUCUGUAGGAAGGUUGGCUUCAAGCACCAAUUUUUCUAAUCAAGCAGAAAGCAUGAUGAUCCCAGGGAAUGCUGCAGGCGUGGCCAAGCAAUUUCUCCGCUGUAUUUUCCAUCAACUGGCUCCCAAUGGCAUACUUCCCCAGCUGUUCCAGAGCAACAUCAAAGAUGGAAGUUUUCUACGGACCUUGGCUACAUCUCUCAUGGAUUUCAGUGAACUGAGUUCCAUAGCUGCUUUGAGCCAGCUUCUGGAGGGCUUAAACACCAAAAAGAAUUUGCCAGCAGGGGGCGGGAUGCUACGCUGCUUGGAGAACAUUGCUACGUUUAUGGAAGCUUUGCCAAUGGAUUCCCCCAGCAAUCUCUGGACCACGAUCAGCAACCAGUUCCAGACAUUCUUUACAAAACUGCCCUGCGUUUUGCCACUCAAGUGUUCUUUAGAUUCUAGUCUAAGAAUAAUGAUCUGCUUGCUGAAGAUACCCACCGGCAGUGCUGCCAGAAGUCUGCUGGAGCCAUUUUCAAAAUUGCUGAGUUUCGUCAUUCAGAACGCCGUCUUCACCCUAGCGUAUUUGGUAGAGCUGUGUGGUUUGUGUCACAGAGCUUUCACAAAGGAAAGGGAUAAGUUCUACUUGUCCCGCAGUGUCAUCUUAGAGUUGCUGCAAGCUCUGAAGUUAAAGUCUCCCUUGCCAGAUACAAACCUUCUGCUUUUGGUCCAGUUUGUUUGUGCAGAUGCUGGAACAAAACUAGCUGAAUCAUUGAUCUUACACAAGCAAAUGAUCGCUUCCAUCCCUGGAUGUGGAACAGCAGCCAUGGAAUGCAUGAGGCAGUACAUUGGUGAAGUUUUGGAUUUUAUUGCCGAUAUGCAUACGUUAACUAAAUUAAAGAGUCACAUGAAGACAUGUUCCCAACCAUUGCAUGAGGACACUUUUGGUGGGCAUCUGAAGGUCGGUUUAGCCCAGAUUGCUGCGAUGGAGAUCUCGCGUGGCAACCACAGGGACAACAAGGCUGUAGUCCGUUACCUACCUUGGCUAUACCAUCCUCCAUCUGCAAUGCAACAGGGGCCCAAAGAAUUCAUUGAAUGUGUAUCUCAUAUUCGUUUGCUCUCGUGGCUCCUGUUGGGGUCACUGACACAUAAUGUCAUCUGUCCAAAUUCCCCUUCAACAUGUAUGCCCAUUCCACUGGACGCUGGCUCUCAUGUCGCUGACCACCUCAUUGUGAUCCUGAUUGGGUUUCCAGAGCAGUCCAAGACGUCCGUCUUGCACAUGUGCUCCCUCUUCCAUGCCUUUAUAUUUGCUCAGCUGUGGACGGUGUAUUGCGAACAAGCGGCGGUUGCGCCCACGGUGCAGAACCAGAAUGAAUUCAGCUUCACCGCCAUCCUGACCGCCCUGGAGUUCUGGAGCCGAGUCACCCCAAGCAUCCUCCAGCUGAUGGCACAUAACAAGGUGAUGGUAGAGAUGGUAUGUCUCCAUGUGAUCAGCUUGAUGGAGGCUUUGCAGGAAUGCAAUUCCACUAUUUUUGUCAAGCUGAUCCCGAUGUGGCUGCCAAUGAUUCAGUCCAAUCUAAAGCAUUUAUCUGCUGGGCUGCAGCUCCGCCUGCAAGCGAUCCAGAGCAACGUGAACCACCAUAGCCUUAGGAUGCUGCAGGGAUCGGGCCAGAUGAACACCAACUUCACCGUCCUCCGCAAGUGGCUGCAGUGCACCCAGUUUAAGAUGGCUCAAGUGGAAAUCCAGUCGUCUGAAGCAGCCUCUCAGUUUUAUCCGUUAUGAACCGGGCAGAACCUUCCAGAACCUUCUGCUUAGACUAGCAAUAAUAGGGCUAAAAGCUAUAAGACUAAAGGCCAUCCUUAAAAACA